AAACAAUGGAGGAGGUGGUGAAGAGAAUUAAGCUCAUGAGCAAGGACCUAGGGGGAACUGAAAUCUUGGCACCACUUCAGAACAUUUACAGGAAGCCCUCCAUCACUGGUCACCCCCUACGGAUGUUUCUCAUUUGGCAUUGGAGAAGGAAUUUCCACCAGCUUAAUAAAAAGCAUUGCCCAGGUGACAGGGAGCACUUCAGAGUUCAUCACAGAAAGCAGCCAAGGAACCUGCCAGGCCCAAACAGCAGUAUGUGUCUGCCUGUAACCACCAGGGUGAACUGGCACAUGGUCCAGGAAGGGUUCGAAGAUAAAAAUGACACAAGGAAACCAUUCCACCACAGUGACAGAAUUUAUCCUGGCUGGAUUAACAAACAAACCAGAGCUCCAGCUGCCCCUCUCCCUCUUCUUCAUAGGAAUCUACAUGUUCACUGUGGUAGGGAACCUGGGCAUGAUCAUGCUGAUUGGGCUCAGCUCUCACCUGCAUACACCUAUGUACUAUUUCCUCAGCAGUCUGUCUUUCAUUGACCUCUGCCAAUCCACUAUCCCCAAAAUGCUGGUAAACUUUGUGGUGCAGAAAAACAUCAUUUCCUACCCUGAGUGCAUGACUCAGCUCUAUUUCUUCCUAGUUUUUGUUAUAUCAGAAUGCCACAUGUUGGCUACAAUGGCAUAUGACCGCUAUGUUGCCAUUUGUAACCCUUUGCUUUACAAUGUUACUAUGUCUUCUCAAGUCUGUUUUUGGUUGGUAGUUGAAGUGUAUAGCAUGGGCUUGAUUGGUGCCACAGUUCACACAGUCUACAUGCUAAGAGUGCUUUUCUGUAAAGCUGAUAUAAUCAACCACUAUUUUUGUGAUGUACUUCCACUAUUAGAGCUCUCCUGCUCAAGUACUUUUGUGAAUGAAUUACUAGUUCUGUGCUUUAGUGUGUUUAAUGUCCUUGUCCCAACCCUGAUCAUCCUUAGCUCUUACAUCUUCAUUAUUGCCAGCAUCCUGAGCAUUCGCUCCACUGAGGGCAGAGCCAAAGCCUUCAGCACAUGCAGCUCCCACAUCUCAGCUGUUGCUCUCUUCUUUGGUUCUGUUGCAUUCAUGUACCUGCAACCAAUGUCAGUUAGCUCCAUGGACCAAGGGAAAGUGUCCUCUGUGUUUUAUACUAUUAUUGUGCCCAUGCUGAACCCUGUAAUCUAUAGCUUGAGGAAUAAGGAUGUGAAACUUGCCCUAAAUAAGUUCCUUGAAAAAAAAAAACUGCCCUGUAAAAAAUAGUAUUUUGUUUUAGUAAGAAUUUACAAUUUCUGGAGGUUUGAUAAGGAAGCAGUCCAGAGAUAGCAAUAUAUAUUUACAAGUCAUGAGAUUAAUGCUAGUGUUUGAUUUCUUGGAAGACAGGUGCCAAGGAUAAUACUGGAUUACCCAGGAUCAAAUACGUAGAGAACAGCACCUCUUUGAGAUGUGCCAUGAUCCAUCUGUGCAAAAUAACCUGAUUCACAUCUAAACACAUUUAUAAACCUUCAAAACACUCCUUAGGGUUGAAUAUACCUCAUUUUAGGCAAGUUUUUUUUAAUCUUAACUCUGGGAAUAAAUAUAUUUGGUCAGUAUCCUUUUAUAUUCUCAAUAUUUUGUAUACCUGUUCUUUUUAACUAAGUUUAUUGGCAAACAUUUUUGAAAGUUUGAGCUCUUAAAUAAAUAACCAAACAUAACAAUUUGUAAUACCCAAAGUAUAAUGCCUAAUUCUUACUAAGUUUGUAGAACACUAUUAGGAAAUAUGGAAGCAUGUGAUUAGUGACCAUUGUUCCAACUCACAACGAGAUAGCACUAUAGUUGGAAAGAUUGACAAUAAUAUACAUGAUGAAUAAUACUAGGAAUACUUUUACAUAAAUUAAGCAAUAAUCCUUGCUCCUCAUUUUAGGGAUGAUGUUACUGCCUCUACUUUCUUCAUAAUUCUAUACUCAUUUUCCCUUAAUUCAAAGAGAUAAUUUUUUCCAAACUUCAUUAUAGAAUCUCAUAGUUUGAAAUGAUAUUUUUGUUAUUUACUUGUGCAUAUAAUAUUUCUUCCAUUGGAAAAUUUAAAUAUAAAAAUUAUCUUUUUUACUAAUGACAAAUAUAAUUUCUAACCAAAGACUAUUAUUCACUCAAAAAAAUAAUAUAUUUUUUUUUAGGGUUGGGGGAGCAGGGACCAAGGAAGAAGACUUCCAAGAAGUAAAUUUACUUCUUUCCCCCUUUCUCAUAUUGAUGUCUUUUCAAACAGCAAAAGAAAACUUGAGUUAUUUUCCUGGAGGCAAUUUCCCCCCUUAUUAAGUCUCUCUUGGUGGCAUCUAUUAGAUGUUCAGCUCCCACAUAUUCUCUUGGUGGUAGUUUAACCAUGUCCACUUUAUGCUUUGAAUAUAGUCUUUGCUGUUCUGUCAGAUGCUUAUUUUAAAAUGGACAUGGUUUUUCCCUUUUCUCCCACUCCCAAAUUAGCAAGUGAAUUCAGUCCCCUUUCAGGACAUACCUGGAAUGUAACCUUUGGAUUACUUCUUUUAAAACUCUCUGUUUCCAUGGAUUGGCAGAAUCUCAGCCUCUAGGUCAGGAGUCCCCUGUGUUUUUCCUUUGCUACUAAAGCUAUAAAACUUUUUUUUACCUUUUUCUCAAACCAUGUCCUCAUUAUUGGAUUAGCAUCAGGGACAAGGACCAAACUUUUGGUAACAAAUUGGCAACCUAGGUGGGACCCAGUGCAAUCCCUGCUCCAAUUUUCUUGGGCAGGUCUAGCACAUUGGACACCUCCCUCCCUACCUUCCAUGCUGAGGAUUCAAGGUAUCUGGUAAGUUUUUUUGAAAGGUGACUGCUGGGGAAUUAGGAGAUUGGGUGAAUUUCCCUUCAGCUAAAUCAGAGGAGUUUUUCUGUAAGUAAAGGGAAUGACUCAGGGACUGUCCUAGCAGCUGCUGAAGCUCCUUCUUUCAGAGAGUUUCUGCCUUCUUUCCUUGAACUGUACAAAAUACUCCCUCAGGUUGGUCUAAGAGAAGCAAUGUGUCUGACACAUAAAAGGUCUAACUAACUUUGCCAAGAGAUCUGUAAAUGACAGUUAAAGGGAUUCCUCUACUAAACAUAGAGACAAUGCCAACAAUAAAAAGCUAUUUUACAGAAAUCAGAUGACAUUACAUAUCUUAACUACAGCUCAAGGGGACACCUGUGCCAUAAAAACUAAAUGCUUUGUGUGUUUCUAACAACUGUAUUAAUGUUCUAAAGUCUUAAAUGGCCUCCACUCACAAAUCAGUCAUGUCAGUGCCAUCUUAAGCUUUAAUGAGUUACUGACUUCAUGGUUUUCAGAGACUGGCUAAAACAUUGUUUUUGUGCUAAUUCUUUACCAAAAAAUAAAGUUUUUCUGUCUUGUU